AUGUAUCUAUGACAGUCAAAGAAUGCGUGCAUAUGCAAUCAGACUGGCCAGAUACUCACUUGUAUCCUUUUUGAAGCUAUGUCAAGGUUAAGUAUUACGUGUCGUGCUCUGUAUCUUCUAAAUUUGAGCUCUAGAUGGAAAUGCCACCAACAAACCUCCAGACUAUCAACAAUGAGCAGUGGACUUGAAUCAAUAUGUGGAGGUGGCAAAUUUAUGAGUGAUUCUUCAGCAAAGACAGUCACAAGGACCAGUGUAUGGGAAGGACGUACACAGUGGUUUGAUGGCAGUCUGAAGAGAAGAGAACUUCAUUCAAGUGCACCUCUUGGAGAAGAAAACGCACCUCAGUUGAGAGAACUAACAGAGACUGACUAUGAGAGACUAGCAGAUGAGACAAUGGACGCAUUAUCAGAUUAUUUUGAAGACCUCACAGAUGAGGACUUCACUGGAAUGGACUAUGACGUUGUCUUUUCUAGUGGUGUGCUGACAGUGAAAAUUGGCUCUGACCACGGCACAUACGUUAUCAACAAACAGACACCCAACAGACAGAUUUGGCUUUCAUCGCCGACCAGUGGUCCUAAGCGCUACGAUUGGACGGGGGAGCGAUGGGUGUACGCUCACGAUGGUGUGACAUUGCACAGUCUGCUCUCCAAAGAGUUGUCUGUCAUCUUCAAAUCAAAUAUAGACCUGUCGCAUCUCAUCCAUUCAUGAUGAGAACAAUUUGAAAAACAGACACUGUUAUUGAUCUUUUCCUCGCCAGUUCUCUUGUGACCUUCGUGAUCUUAAUAAGAUCUUAACUACUAUUGCCAAUGCUCAAAAAACCUAUAGGCUGGCUUGAUAUUUUUUAAACUGCAGGGAGUAUUUAUUUGUCUGCAUCAUCAAACCUAUAUACAAUUGUAAGUUUUAAAUGCACUCAGAACAGCAGAAAGUGCUCUCAUAAUCAAAUCCCUGUAAAUGAACCUGGUUGGAUUAAAGAGAUCACGUCUAUUGGCUCUUAAACCACAUGAAUAAGACAAAUGGACACGGAUUGUUUUUUCGGAGGCUGUAGUUAUCUGCCGCAUUCUGCACGCCUGGCCCUGGUUGAACUAGAGGCUGCUGGGUAGAUGCAGGAAAAGAUGAGGAUUACGACUGACAGAUGGAGAAGUUCUUGCUCUAAAAGCCCUCGGCCAGAGCCUUUAUUCAAGAAUUAUCUGUGAAUAACGGCAUCGCUCUCCGAUCAUAUCCCUCAGAGCUUUACCACCACCCUCGGAUGAUUUAAAAAUACCAGCCCAAAUUAGCAUCAACCCACCCGACAGUUAAAGCAGUGUCAUUAACUUUGGUGAUAUAACACAGUCGAUCAUUACUCCAGACGCCUCUUAACAUAAUAGCCCAUAUAUCGCAACAUUAACUUGAUACGCUGGUCCAUGCUAAUGUUGAAAUGUGAGAUGUAUUGUACUGAGGUGAAAUGUCUGUAUUUAAUCAGGUUGUAUGUGAUGAAACAAUAGCACAUCUCCUGCACGGUUGAUGUCUCUGUCUGUUGAUGCAUAUGUAAUAUAAUGUUAAAUAAAUUAGAAUGUUAUUAUUUUUA